AUGAGCGCUGACGGUAAACCGAAAAAACGUGAACUUAAAAAGAAUUCUAGUUUUAUAGACGUACCCAAACUAAGCCAGGACAAGGCGCAUUCGCAUAACAAGAAACGAACACUUAAUUUGUUCCACAGAAAGUCUAAGGAAGAUCCGAAAAAAGAAGAUAAACAUGUGAAAAAAAUAAAGAAUGAACAACUCAGAAGACUUCAUCAUAGACACGAUUCCUUUGACAACCAUGAUGAUAUUAUGACCAAAGACCGAUCACGUCGUAUGGGCAAAGAUAAAAUUGUAUGUGUUUCACCUUCAUCGCUUAGCCCUCUAACUAGAUGUCAAUGUGACGCGUGUAUUGGUUCUAGUACAGGCAAUGUCCCCGAAGUUUCAGAGCACCCAAAUGGCAAUCCGGAACAGUGUACUCCGAGCUCAAGUGUCUCUAGCACGCCCCUCGCACAGAACAUACUACAUACCACUUGUAAAAAGAAGUGUAUCAAGACGAAUAAGAAAGUUUGCACCAACAAUAAACGAAUUCAAAAUAAUUCGGUUAAUCGUAAUUUUAAUGUCAAUAAUUCACAUAAAGAUUCUGCUAAAGAUCCUUUGAAUAAUCGGAAAUUUGGCACACAGCCUCUUGGAGUUAUGUUCAAUUGCGCAUGUGGAACAAAACAUCCUAUAAUUACAAAUAUGGAAACAUUUAGAUCUCAAAAAUUUGGUUUAGCAGGUAAAACAUUAAAUACUUCAACAAAAUACACACCCAGUGUUAUGUUAAAAGGCUUGAAGGGACAGUUUGCUAAAUGCUGGACUAAGCAUGAAUUAAUUAGUGCCGGUAAGACAUCUCUUGGUCCUCAUAAGAUUGCCGGUUCCACAGACAUAAACAAAUUUAAAUCUUCAAAACAUACACCAAAUCCUCAAACCAGCGAUGCACAAGAUCGGAACACACAGUGUGAAUUCGAUUUAAAUCGUUCUCGUCGGAGAAAUCAUAAGCAGAUAAUUAUCGAUAAUCAUUUACACACACACCGAGACGCACAUCGCACUCACAAUAAAUGUCUUCUGGCGAAAAUAUCGUCAACUGCAUCGACUAAGAAUGCUUAUACAAGUACAUAUAAAAUUAAUUUCGCUCAUAAAACACAGAAUACAUUGCAAAAGGUUAAUUCUAAUGAUUCAUCAGAUAAACUAGAUAGCGAGAAGUCUAAAAUUGAUUGGCCUUGUCCUUGUGCUACUAAAAAAGGAAUGGCAAGUGAAGAUAGCAGCUCGACUUCUCUAGACAAACAAAUCAAAUCACCAAUAAGGUGUCAUUGCGAAGGUAUAAAAUCAGAAGAAAAGAAAAUAAAACCUCAUCCAACCGUUAAAACAAAUAAAACACGACCUAGCCCAGAUAACAUUUCUGUUGCUCCCGAGACUGGUCAAAAGAAACAAAUCAAUGAAUCAGUCAAACAGAAUAUAUCCGUGGAUUGUGCUUGCAGUCCCAAGCCAAGCAAAGUUGAUAAAAAUACAUCAUCCAUUAAUAUUCCUGACACUGCUAAUAAACCCACAACGUUUACUCAGGAACCAACAAAAACAGACAAAAACAUACAAAAACCCUUGGGUAAGACAGAAAAGGUAUCUCAAAAAUCUCCCCAGAAAACUAAUGAUAAAGAAACUAGUGAUAAAAAACCUGUAUCACCUCAAGACUCUGUUGAAUGUGUAUGUGAUGCUGAAUUGAAUAAAUUAAAGAAAUCCAGGGUAAAAGAAUGUAUUAAAACAAAAACGAAGGAAAAUUGCUGUUCAAAGUGUUGUGGUAAACGCAUGUCACCGAAAACAACUAUCAAUUUACCAUGCUCACUCGGUUAUAAAAUAGUUGGAGCACCAAGACAACAACAAUGUUCUUGUCACAAUACUAGCACUAGUUACACCUCAUUUGACAAAGGCAUAAAAUGUAAUUGGCCUGAGAAAACCAAGAAAAUUAAUUGUGUAGAAGUUCAAACCCCGAAGGUAAACUAUAAGGUAAAUUCUCAUUUAUUUUUGGAAACUUGUUCUUUGGACGUUGCAACUGAGGUAAUUGGAUCAACAAUUCCAUUGAGUGCCUCCAGAGAGCAGUCCAUGAAACACAGAAUUGCUGGAACUUUUCCUUACACUCACGAUAAACCGCAAAAGGAACUCAGUUUAAGAAAUAAAUUUUAUAAAGCAAUACAAACUCAGAGUCCUGUAGUAGCACAAUAUCCGUCUCCCCGACAAGUAACAGCGAUUCAAACAAAUUUAGAUAUUGAUCAAUAUAUACAAACAGUAAAUAAUAGAUUAGUAGAAUCUCAUCAAACAUCGUUGUCUCAAAAGAUACCAACUGAGAUAUUUUGGGGCAAACACGAAAAUUUCAACAAUUUUAGCGCGACAUCAUUUUAUACUACUGUAGCAAAUAAAGCAGAAGAUACAAGCAAGCGAGAAAAAUUACUUAAAAAGCCUGAAAUAAAGAAAAUACCUUGUGAGUGUUCGCCAGCCGAGCCAUCAGUUCGCAAAAAAAUACAAACACCAUUAAAUGACAAACCAGGUCAAACAAAAGUGACUAAAGGAGUAUCAUCAGCGGCAAAAUCGAUAGAAAUACAAUGCCAAUGUGAAGGUGGCUCACCUUCAGUAUAUAAUUGCCCAAGUGAACAGCUAUUCGCUACUAUGAGUCGUAAAAAUAGUUUAUCUAAAAAUGGUUCACCUGUGAAGUCCUCAAAUAAACAAAUUCUUCUAGGAUUAAAAUAUCCUUUAAACCAAGCAAGAAAUUUACAGACACUCGAAGACCAGCCCAUCAGUAUCGGAUCAAACUGUAAUUGUGAGUUAACGUCUAGAGAAUCGAUAGUAUCUCAUGAGUCAAGUCCAGUAAAAGACCAAACUGUUGACAAGAAAAAUCUUUCGUCUCUCAUUCAAUUCCCUAUGACUAGCGCAAUGAAUGAGGAAACAGAAAUAACACAAACAGAUUUGUCAAAUAUAUUCGUAGUGUCUUCUGACUGUAGCGAAAUCAAAUCAAACGUAUUUAGCAAAACGAAACAUUUUAAAUCAGGCGGUCACAUUCGUACCAAACGAUCUCAAAGUAAUGUGAUGUCUGCUCAUCAGUCUGGUUCUAUAAUUUACCCUCGUGCAGCUGAUAUUGAUGAACAUGCGCAGCAAACUCUUGAAUUUGAUUUGACAUCUGACUGUGUUUGUAUGAAGAGCGGACCAAUUGCCAAAACGGAAAAGAAAAGUUUUUUGAGUGUAUUAUCUUCUAAACCAACGAUUAGUGCUUAUCGAACACAGUCUACCAUUACACAAAAAGGUCCACGAGAAUUUUUAAUAUCUUGUGAUGGUUCUACAACACGAGUUAAGUUUUCUCAGAUACCGUCUAAGGUAGAAACUACAGGUAAAUGCAGAUUAACAGACAGGUUUAAAAAGAAAUCAUCUAAAACCAAUCAAGUUCCAUCUAAAACUCAAAAGCCUAAAGUAAAGCAAUCAUCGAAAACGCAGACUUCUUCAACUACGAAACCUCCGAAGAAAAAGUCAAGUUCAGAUACCAAGACAAGUAAAAAAUCGUCUAGUUCAAAAAGUUCAACUUCUUCUAAGAGUGGAGCUAAAUCUCAGGACAAAAGUGAAUGCAAGUGUGUGAGUAAGGAGAUACUGGAAAAGCUAUCAAAGGGAUCUUUGGUUCACACAGGGUGUACAUGCUUAUCAAGUACGAAGAAAUCUAUAUUUGGGGAUAAGUCACGCUUUAGGUUGUGUGGUAAAAAAUCUAAAGCAGCAUCGCCAAAGCAGAAGAUUGUUGAUAAAAAACAAAAAUCACCUCCACCCUCACCAAAACAAAAGUCUGUUGAUAAAAAAUCCGUCGCCAAACAGAAGGUUGAUAAAAAACCAACUAAACCCUCACCAACACCAUCGAAAUCAAAACAAACAACUGCUGAGAAGAAACGCCCAACGCCCUCACCAUCACCAUCGAAAUCUAAACAAAAAUCUAGUGAAAAGAAAUCCAAAACAAAGCCACCAUCGCCAUCACCUAAGACAUCUAAACAAAAGUCUGUUGAUAAAAAACCCGCCUCUAAACGACCAUCACCCUCUCCAACACCAUCAAAAUCAAAACAGAAGUCUGCUGAGAAAAAAAGCCCAACGCCCUCACCAUCGCCGUCAAAAUCAAAACAAAAAUCUAGUGACAAGAAAUCCGCAGCAAAACCUGUCGAUAAAAAAUCUGCAAAAAAACCAUCUCCACCACCAUCACCAUCGAAAAAGAAAGAAAAAGAAAAACCUGUCGACAAAAAAUCUGGAAAAAAGUCAACCCCACCACCAUCACCAACAAAAAAAAAAGAAAAAGAAAAACCUGUCGAUAAAAAAUCUGCAAAAAAAUCAACUCCACCACCAUCACCAUCAAAACAUAAACAUAAGUCUGUCGAUAAAAAGCCAAAACCACCUCCAUCACCACGAAAAUCAAAAGAAAGGUAUGUUGAUACAGAUUACGACUGGACCAAACCUUGUCUUCCAUCGCCACCGAAACGAAAAAAGUUUAAACCAACAAAAGAGUGUAGCAAAGAAGCAUGUCUAUUAGGAUCACCGCCACCACCAAAACAAAAGCCUGUUAAAAGACCGAAACGUGGAUCGCCCCCACCAUCGCCACCACCAUCACCACCAGAAUCAAAAAGUUCAAGCGAUCCUUGUCAAUCGUCAUCCCCGAAACCAACCAAAACCACCAAACCAACCACCAAACCAACCACCAAACCAACCACCAAACCAACCACCAAACCAACCACCAAACCAACAAACAAACCACAAACAACAAUCAAACAACAAACUAGCAAAGAACAAAUAAAAGAGUGUGAAACAAAACCUGUGGCAAAAAAGAAAUCGCAACCAUUUUUCGUACCCUUGCCUGCGGCAGAUUUCAGUUUAAGUACUCAACUUGUUAUACCAUCAGCAACUAAACUAGAAUCUGACUCUUCUAGUGUUAGUAGCAAAUCUGAAAAAAGUCCUCCUUGCUCUUCUUCAAGCUCUAAAACGUCAAUUUGUCCAUCUUCCUCAAAGGGACUAUCAAAAUAUAAUAGAAUAGUGUCGAAGUUCCGUUCUAAGUUGUUAAGAAAUUGGACUGAGAGCAUGUUUGAAGCUCAAUCUAAUGUGAUUGCACAACGUCAAUCAGAAUGUGACGAAGAAGAUGAUGACUCUGAGUUCACGAGAUAUGUUUUACCUAGACCUUAUUAUCCUCCUGACGCUUCACACCCCAUCGUGCCAAUAAUUCCAGUUUUGGUGCUGGUCCUAUCCCUGGUACUAGCCCUGUCCCUGGUCCUGGUACUGUUCCUGGCGCUGGUCCUGUUCCUGGCGCUGGUCCUGUCCCUGGUGCUGGUCCUUUUCCUGAUACUGGUCCUUUCCCUGGCACUAGUCCUAUUCCCGGCGCUAGUCCUGUUCCCGGCGCUGGUGCUUACUCUAGCGCCCCUGGCGCUAGUCCUCCUCCUGGAGCUAGUCCUGUUCCUGGUGCUGCUCCUUACCCUGGCGCUGGUCUUGCUCCUGGUGCUGCUCCUUACCCUGGCGCUGGUCUUGCUCCUGGUGCUGCUCCUUACCCUGGAUCUGGCCCUGUCCCUGGUGCUGUGGCUGGCCCCGGGGCUGGCCCUAGCCCUGACUAUGAUGCUUAUGCUGGCCCUCGUGCUGGCCCUCGUGCUGAACCUGGUUCUCGCGCUGCCCCAAGUCCUCUUCCCCGCCCUGGCGCUGAUUACGAUACUCGUGCUGCCCCCCGUCCUGGUCCACGCCCUGGCGCUGAUUACGAUGCUCGUGCUGCCUCCCGUCCUGGUCCUCGCCCUAGUCCUCGCCCUGAUUUACGCCCUGGUUACGAUGCUCGUGCUGUUCCUCGCACUCCACCCCGCGCUAGCCCUCGUUCUGACCCUCGUUCUGACCGUAAAGUCGUGGCUCGUGCUGAUCCUCAGCGUGAAUUGGCUCGUGUUGAUAGGGAAUUACGUAAUGUACGGCGUGCAACGCUAA